UGCCCUUGAAGCCUAAUUACCCCCCGGCUAUGGAGGGUGGGCUUUAAAAUGAAUCCCCAUCUGGACGUGAGCCACAAUAUAUCAGCACCUGCUUACUGGGAAGAACCGAGUGUUGGAAAUCUCACUGGCCCCAACCAGACGUCCAGCUAUUCCACUCCUCCUGAGCUAGAUAUCAGGAGGGCCAUUUCUGUGGGGAUUGUGCUGGGCGCCUUCAUCCUCUUUGCCAUCGUAGGCAACAUCCUGGUGAUCCUCUCUGUAGCAUGCAACCGUCACCUGCGGACACCCACCAACUACUUCAUAGUUAACCUUGCCAUUGCGGACCUGCUGCUGAGUUUCACAGUCCUGCCUUUCUCUGCUGCCCUUGAAGUGCUUGGCUACUGGGUCUUAGGGAGGAUUUUUUGUGACAUCUGGGCUGCAGUGGAUGUGCUGUGCUGCACCGCAUCCAUCCUGAGUCUCUGUGCCAUCUCUAUCGAUAGGUACAUCGGGGUCCGCUACUCUCUCCAGUACCCAACGCUAGUCACCAGGAAAAAGGCCAUUCUGGCCCUCCUCAGUGUGUGGGUGUUGUCCAUGGUGAUCUCCAUUGGCCCUCUUCUUGGGUGGAAGGAGCCUGCGCCUAAGGAUGAGAAGGAGUGUGGUGUCACUGAAGAGCCCUUUUAUGCCCUCUUCUCCUCCUUGGGCUCCUUUUAUAUCCCGCUCACUGUUAUCCUAGUGAUGUAUUGCCGAGUCUACAUUGUGGCCAAAAGGACCACCAAGAACCUCGAGGCAGGAGUCAUGAAGGAGAUGUCCAACUCCAAGGAGCUGACCCUACGGAUCCACUCCAAGAACUUUCAUGAGGAUGCUCUCAGUAGCACCAAGGUCAAGGGCCACAACCCUAGGAACUCAAUAGCUGUCAAACUUUUUAAGUUCUCCAGGGAAAAGAAGGCAGCCAAGACCUUGGGCAUUGUGGUCGGCAUGUUUAUUUUAUGCUGGCUUCCGUUCUUCAUUAUUCUACCGCUUGGGUCCCUGUUUGCUACUCUGAAGCCCCCAGACACUGUCUUCAAAGUGGUCUUCUGGCUUGGCUACUUCAACAGCUGCAUCAACCCCAUUAUCUAUCCCUGCUCCAGCAAAGAAUUCAAGCGCGCCUUCCUCCGCAUCCUUAAAUGCCAGUGCCAUCGGCGGAAUCGACUAGGCUGGUGGAACUACAACUACCGAGCCUGGAAUCGAGGCUCCUUUGAGCAAUCUCGCAAGGACUCACUGGAUGACAGUGGGAGCUGCCUGAGUGGUAGCCAGAGGACCCUAAACUCAGCCACCCCCAGCCCUGGGUACCUGAGCAAGGUCACCCACCCACAGGUGGAGAUGUACACUUUCUCAGAAUGGAAGAGCUCUGGUACCUUCCUGAGCCCACCCCACCCAGAGCCACCAGGGCGUCACCGAGACACAGGCCACCUCUUUACCCUCAAAUAUCUAGCAGAACAUGAGGGACACCCAGGGCUGGACAGCAAUGGGGGCUGCGAGGUAGCUGCCAACAUGGCCAAUGGCCAAGCUGGCUUCAAAAAGAAUAUGCCCCUUGGGCCAAGUCAGUUCUAAGGGACCAUCCUUUAUAUCCCCCCUCAUCCUGCUCCAUCAUUCAUUGGCAGAUCCCACACCUGGUUUCCUGCCCUGGGGAAGGCAUAUGGGAGCUAGGAAGUUCAACACUCAAUAGACACAGAUUCCCAAGGGGAAAUUGAAGGGAGAGGAGCAGUGAGCAAAGGAUUAAUUGCAUUUCUGGCGGGUGCACGGGUGCCAGACUUGUUUCCAAUUACAAGGAAGAUCUAGGCCCAGAGCAGGUGAAAAGAAACACAUGCAGCCCCAUGUUCAGCUGCUGUGGAAAUGCUAGGUGACAGCCACAAUAUAAGCAUAUAUGAAAUGAGUCGCGCUAUAUAUAUAUAUAUGUAUAUAACAGUAGAUAUACAGUGUCUAUGUAUGUGGUAUGCAUGUAUGUGUGUGUGUGUGCAUGGGCACCCCAGUGGGGAAAGUACGCGUGUGAGCUGAAGAGGAAACCAGUGGCGUUUUGUUUCGUGAUUUAACUUUGUACCUCUCAGUGGUCUCGGUGAUCGCUGUCCAAUCCUUCCCUGUACUUCACCGAACAUUGGCACUUUAGGGGGGGAAACAAGUCAGACAUUAAAAGUCAUUUCUCAUGUGUUCACAA